AGCAACUGCCAACCAGAAUGUCAGCUGCCAAGGAGUUCCAGAGGAGCUAAGGGGAGUUUGUGCGUGAGAGCUGGCCGACCUGGCCACUCUCUCCAGUGGGCAGGAGGGUCACUGGGCCCACUUGGUGGGCAGCCCCAGCUGCCAACUGGGGCACCUCAGCUCAGCCUAGAACAGAGGUGUCAGGAAAUAACAUUCUCCCCAAGCUUCCUCUCCCAGUUCUCAAACUUAGAGGCCCAGACUAGGGCCUAGAAUUCACUGAGGCUUCGUGACUGUCUAGCAGUCAGGAUGGAACACAGAAGCCGACCUCGGGGCAUAGGCCUGAGCCGAAUCCCGGGGGCUCAGUCCCGAACCUCUCGGAUCCCACUCCCCUUCCAUGUGGAACAGGAGGCCAGGGAAGGAGAAGAAUGGGAACAACGAGAGCAACCUCGUCAGAGGACUCCUACCUACGGGCCUCCCGAAAGCGAAGAGCUGACAGACAACGUUAUGGUUUCCAAGCCAGCACCUUAUUGGGAAGGAACAGCUGUGAUAAAUGGAGAAUUCAAGGAGCUCAAGUUGACUGAUUAUCGUGGGAAAUACCUGGUUUUUUUCUUCUACCCACUUGAUUUCACUUUCGUGUGUCCAACUGAAAUCAUCGCCUUUGGUGACAGGAUUGAAGAAUUCAGAUCUAUAAAUGCUGAAGUGGUAGCAUGCUCUGUGGAUUCACAGUUUACCCACUUGGCCUGGAUUAAUACCCCUCGCAGACAAGGAGGACUCGGGCCAAUAAGGAUUCCACUUCUUUCAGAUCUGGCCCAUCAAAUCUCAAAGGACUAUGGUGUUUAUCUGGAAGACUCAGGCCAUACCCUUAGGGGUCUCUUCAUUAUUGAUGACAAAGGAAUCCUAAGGCAGAUUACUCUGAAUGACCUUCCUGUCGGUAGAUCAGUGGAUGAGACACUGCGUUUGGUUCAAGCAUUCCAGUAUACUGACAAACAUGGAGAAGUCUGUCCUGCUGGUUGGAAACCUGGUAGUGAAACCAUAAUUCCAGAUCCAGCUGGGAAACUGAAGUAUUUCGAUAAACUCAACUGAAAAAUACUUCCUCAGGUUUCAAUGCUUGAAAGUCCUCAAUAAAGUUCACCGUUUUAGUACCAUA